AUGGGAAACGGAAACCGAGCACAGCAGAAGCGCGACCGCAACGCCAAGGACCAGAAGGGCGUUCAAAAGUCCCAGCUCAAAGUCAAUGAGCAGGCAAAGAACAUCCAGUGCGAGGUUUGCAAGGCCACCUUCUUGACCACCACUCGGGAACCUCAGCUCCUCCUUCACUCGGACAACAAGCACAGCAAGACUGUGGCCGAGUGUUUCCCGACCUACGGCAAAUAA